AUUAGAGUAACACAAUAUAACAUGAACAAUAUAAAUGCAUUCCUAUAAUCAGUACUAUAGUAUAUAAAUUGCAACAUUUAACAGAGAACGUUCUAGGAAUCAUCUUUAAUGGAUAACAUAUUAAAAGUAGGAAAAAUGAUGAAUGAAACAAUGGACAAUUUUCCUUUUCGCCAGAUAUUAUCGAGAAUGUUUGAAACGAUACUAAAUUCCAAUUCCACCAAUGUGAACAUGACAAGUAUGAUAAAGCCUGAUAUAGCGCUAGAUGGGGAGUUUUAUUCGACUACAGUGUCACAACUCAAUGAAGGAAAUGAGACUGAAGGACCUGACAAGAAAAUGAUUAUGCUCAUUAUGACAAUAGUUGUCUUCUGCUUCCCCAUUGUCACCAUUCUUUUUGUGAUUGUACUGCGUAUGCACCUUAAAUGGAGAGAGGGUCUAGAUGCACAACAAGGCCUCAUGAGAGGCACUUUUGAGUUAUCUUCCAUAAUAACAAAAUCUUCAAGACAAAACACCUUAAAAGUACGUAUGGAUCUGGAUGACGCCAGUCAGGAAGCUGUUAAAGAUAAAGUUGCUGAACUUGACUCAAAUGGUGAAAUCAUGGAUAAAAACAAUGCUAUUUCAAACAGUGAUACUGACAAAGUGAAAAAUAGGCAGCCAAUUGCAGAAACAUUACCAAGUUUAUUGAAAGAGAAUUCACCUAAAGAUUCAGGUGUGGACUUUUCACCACUGUCUCCUGGAUAUUCUACCCCAGAUAGCUCUGAUAAUAAGGUUUCUGUUAAAACAAGGUUCAAUUUUGACACCGCUGUCAUAGAACAAGAAAUGGAAAUACAUUAAGGUAGGAUGAUUAGAAUAAGAGAAGGUCCAAUUUACACUGACAUUUACAAUGGCAUCAUUGGGAACCAGUGUUAUUAUUCCAUCGUUAUUUAUAUAACAUCAUGGGGAAACAGUGUUAUUUUCCCAAUGUAGAGUAUGAGAAGGUAUUAAUUAACAUCGUUAUUUACACAGGAUCAUGGGCAAACAGUGUUAUUGUCCCAAUGUAGACAUUUACACAGGAUCAUGGGUGAACAGUGUUAUUGUCCCAAUGUAGACAUUUACACAGGAUCAUGGGUGAACAGUGUUAUUGUCCCAAU